GGUCGUCAACCAUCAAGAUGGAACUAAUAGAUAAAAUACCGUAUUUAAGAUUUCAUCUAAGGACUUUAAUUGCGUCUUUUAUAGUGUGCAUUUUAUUAGAAAGAAUAUCAGGAUACCUAUUCAGCUGGCUAUACCAAGAUCUUUAUGAUAAGCAAACCAAGAAAGCAAAAAAAGACUGGCAAUGUCAUUUCGUUGCCUUUGUGCACUCAGUUAUAGUAAUAUUACCAUCAUUUUACUUAUAUUUCUAUGAUCCAAUCGGGAAAUACAACAUAUUCAACUAUCAUCCCUUAGUCGGUGAAUUACAUGCGCUAUCGGCUGGCUAUUUCCUUUGGGACUCUAUUACAUCUAUACACUUAGGAUCAGUCUCAUUUACUCUCCACGGUGUAGCUUGUUUGAUCAUGAUGUUAAGCUCAUUCCAGCCAUUCUUGAUGAACUUUGGACCGGGAUUUUUGCUAUUCGAAUUGAGUACACCAUUUGUGAACAUCAACUGGUUCAUGGAUAGGGUACCAAAUUGGAAGACAACCGGUUACUAUUACGCUAAUGGUAUCUUAUUAGUCUUGACAUUCUUCCUCGCUAGGAUUGUUUUAGGUAAUCUUAUGCUUAAAUCAAUGGUAGAAUCAAUGGUUUAUAAUAGAUUUAAGUUAUCGACAUUCUCAAUUGCUAUUUAUCUCACGGGUACAGUAAUCCUAUGCUGUUUAAAUUACUAUUGGUUUUAUUUAAUGAUAAAGAAAGUAAAGAGAGCUUUCUUAAAAACAACAAAGACUCAAUAAAUUUGUAGAUUUUUUUAAAUAUGCACUCUUCUCCUUCCC